GUAUGGUGGCUAACUCCAGUACACUACCAAGUAAUGUGACUACUGGUCCUGAUGUCACAAUAGAGCGGGUCAACAUCACUCUCGCCUCUUCUCCCUCUUCCCCCAUUCUGGCUGGUGGCUCUGUCACUAUCACCUGCUCAAUCUCACUGGCCUCUGGAGUAAUUGGUACUCCAGUACUCCGGUGGGAGGUGCCUGGAGCAACUGAAUUUACAAAACAAAAUGAUGGAGGUUCCUCGAGUAACCUCACACUCAGUAGCAUAUCAACAUCUCAGGCUGGAGUCUACUCCUGUAGCGCUUUUCUUGAUGGAUCUGUCGCUGCUGAUACUGUCAUCACUGUCCAAGUUCCAACACCAAUUCCGUUCAUCACCAACUCCACUAUUAUUCCUGGAAGUAGUGGCAACCUUACAUGUAGCUAUUCUCCGGACCCUACAUUUCUUGUUAAAGCGUACUCCACUUGGACAAUCGGUGGAGAAGAAGUGACCGCCACUGAAGGCGACAGGAUCUCAACUGAGGGAACCUCCCUCAUAUUCUUCCCUUUCCAUACCUCUGACACUGGCAAUUAUACUUGUAGUCUGAGCCUCGUAUCUAUUACACAAUAUAUCAAUGUUGUCCAGGGACCACAGAUGUCACGCGUGUCAGAGAUUAUCGUGCAGAUCCCUCCACCUGAUGUGACAAUAUCUCUCAAUCGUAGUGGUCCUCUAUAUGCUGGUACUGGUCUCAGUAUCAUGUGUACUGCCACUCUGGACCCUAGUGUCAACAAUGAUGAGAAUGUGUUCAUCAAAUGGAGUGGUCAGGAACGUAUACCAUCUACUAGAUUCUCAAUAUCUAGCACCACAAAUCACCCAUGUGAUCGCUAUAGUAGUGUUCUCACCAUCAGUCCUCUAGCUGUCCAAGACAAUGGUCCAUUCACCUGUACUUGGACCGUCACUGGACUAGACCAAAGCCAGUCAGCCACUAAUACCAGUAGUACCAAUGUCAAUGUAAUAGACCUCCCAGCUCCAGUGGUGGAGUUGGAUGCCUCUGAUCCCACUAUUCGAAUGGUGGGGGACUCCCUCCAGUUGACCUGUACUGCGAUAACAGUAGACCAUCUCACACGUGGUGUUCACCUUAUAGUCGAGUGGACUGGAGGUAAUGGUGGAGCCACGCAGAUUGAGACUACUGUCAAUGGAACCACUGCCGCAAGAACUCUGACAUUCAAUUCUCUGAGAACCUCACAUGGGGCCAAGUACACCUGCCAGGCUGCAAUUAACAUUCCAUCCAUUAAUGUUACCAGGAACCACGGUAACAGUACAGAUGUAUAUGUUCGAAUCCCCGGACCAAUGCUGGCAGUGACUGCACCAACCAAAUUGGUGACUGGCUCUGGUCUCUCCCUCCGCUGCUCCAUCCAGCCUCCCUCUGUGGACACCUCUAUCACUGUCCUCUCCAAUUGGAGCACUCCUGGUGGUAGAAACAACAGAGUCAAUGCUGGGAAUGAUACUAGUCCACAGUUGGUCAUAUCCAGAGUAGAGACAGCAGAUAGUGGAGACUACACCUGCUCAGUCAGAGUGACUGACUCCACUAAUAGCCCAUAUAUACUGGACAGUCCUCUAGCAUAUAGUACAACAAUGAUCACUGUCAAACUGAAUGUGACUGUGAGUGCACUCUAUGAACCGGCUCCAGGGGAGGUCCCUGGGGAAUUGGGUCCUAAUCAGUUCACUGCAGGCAGUAAUCUGACUCUAAACUGUUCAGUUGAGGGACACAGUGGAGCUCUGAGCUACAUGUGGUCUCUCACUGGGAACCCAAGUACAUCUGGCUGUGGUAGUGACUGUAACAUUGAUACCUCAUCCGCUAACUCCACACUUGUGGUGGGGGGACCGGAACUAUUAUCCUACUAUGCUGGUGACUACACAUGUACUGUAAGUGAGUCAGGAAGGUCCAACAGUAGAAACAGUCAUACCUUCCCUGUCAAUGUUGUUGGUGCAGGGAUAUAUGCGCUAAGAUAUGACAGCAGUGUGUCAUCAGGUCCCAUAGCCAACGAUGGACUGAUAAUCAGUACAAGUGACGACCUGAGACUGGAGUGUGUCUCUAACUCCAGUAUUGGUGAAGUGGGGAGCAUCACUACACCUGAUGGAACGAUACUAACUCCUGAUAGCACUACUAGUACUCUGACUUUAACUAACCCAUUUCGUCGACCUGGAGUUCUCCGUCUUCGAUCAGUUGAUGGAUCAUCACAAGAACGACCACCAGGACCUCUUCCAGCCUCAGCCCAAGGAGUAUACACCUGCACCAUUCCUGAUUCCAGUGGAAAAGACAUAUCCCUCAAUGUGGGACUGUAUCCACCUGGCUUCAAUGUGACUCCCACCAUCAUUAAUCUCACCUACCACGAGGGCAAUGAUAGUCAUACCCUCACAUGUGUGUCCACUGGCUCCCCUGCCACCAAUGUCUCCUGGACCAAAGACGGAGAACCACUUACAUCGUAUUACACAAUUUCUCAGACUGUCAUUGACCGCAGUACUUCCACCUACUCCAAUGUCUUGACAGUCAGUCCUGAAGGAGCUGCUGGUACCUACAACUGCACAGUCUCCAAUGAUCUGGGCUCUAACCCUAAUGUGGUAGUGGCUCUUGGCCUCACUGUAUCAGGUGAGGAUAGUCUCACUGUGGGGCAGUCAGGAACCAUCAGCUGUAGAUCCAACGUGAGAGUAUCUUCUUUUGAAUGGAGGAACGAGUCGUCUGUGCUGGCCAGUAGCAAUAGUGGCAAUCUGUUUGUGUUGGAGUAUACAUUUCCUUUAGUAACAGACGACCUACAUGGACAGCAGUAUACCUGCACUGGUGUGGUUGGUGCUUAUAGCUACAGAGAACAUCUUUCAUUGGUAGUGAAAGUGCCUGAAACCCUAUCACAGUCACGGCAAGUGUGACUGAUGUUGGUUCAGCGCACUAGCUGGAUGGGAAGCCUGGUCCCACUCUGACAUGUAGAGUCCAUGUGACAACUGCAGGACUUACUAACACUCCUUCUGCUGUGUGGAUGAACGUCUCUGGUCCUGUGGUCUCAGGAAAUGGUGUCACUGUGACUGAGACUGUGGUGAAUGGUACAACUACCAUCUCCACUCUCUCUUUCUCCCCUCUCUACACAUCUCAUGCUGGACUCUACCACUGUAUGGGAUCACUGGAGUCUCCACCUGCAAAUAUUUCCAUUCCCACUCCCCCUAUCCCAGUCAAUGUCAGCUUGCCAGCUCCAGAAGUGUCUCUGAGUGUUCCCAGUGGUCCACUGCACCAGGGAACCUCCCUAACACUCUCCUGCACUGCCACUCUGCCUCCCUCGGUGGACACCAAUGUCAGUGUCACUAUUCAGUGGACAACCAACACCACAGACAACAGAGUCACCAUAAUCCCUGCCUCUACUCUGCAAUCUCCAUUCAUCUCCAUUCUCACUAUCAGUCCUCUGGCCGAAGAAGAUGAUGGUAUUACUUACACCUGCACUGGAACUAUCAAUGGUGGGACUACUGUCAUGUCAACCGACACUACUACCAUUGACGUGAUGGAUGCAGUUGCAUACCCAGUUGAAGCCUUUGAAGUAAGAAGUACAUCGGACACCUCUCUCACAUUCUCCUGGCGCCAGCCCAGUAUUGGAGCUCACCUCACCACUGGCUACAACCUGACAUGUGUCCCUCUCCUGAGUGGGAUCCCAUCCCCCCAGUCUCUCCCCCUGUUAGCACCAACCCGGUCCUCGGCCACCCUGUCUGGCUUCUUCUCUGGAGUCCGCUACAACUGCAGCAUCUCCACCAUCUCCCAACGUGGAUCCUCUCUCCCCGUCUCUCUCACCCUAUACACCAAUGAAACUGGUAUGUAUUAUAAUGCAACCUAACAAA